AUGAAUAUCUUACAACCGCCAAUGAUCCUUCUCCUAAGCCUAAGUGUUAUUCAAUUUAUAAUUCUUACUCAAUUCAACUGGCGUUGUGCUGAGAAGGCUGACUCGUCAAGGAAAUAUGUGGGGUUUCGAAUGAACAAAGGUCGAUUUGGAGCUCAGCUUUUUCACCUCAUCUCCGGUUAUGGAAUUGCAAGAACCCUAAACAGAACUCAUUAUUUGUCGUUGCAAGAUGGUUAUAUAGCUCACGUAGUCAAAUUUUUGCGCCAAUUCAAAGAUGUGUUUCCACGUUUGCAGGACACAUUUGUUUUGGCACCAUAUGACGCACCCGAAACACACGUGGAUUUCAUAGGUGGAUGUUGCAAUUUUCUCAAUCCGUUGAGGCUUUACAAUAACACCGCUGAGUACAUGUUUUUGAAAUUCAAAUUUGGACAGCAUCCCAAAUAUUUUCAAGACUAUCUCGCUGACAUUCGCCAGAUAUUGAAAUUUUCUUCGGUCGUGGAGCAGACGGGAGAAAAAAGCUUCAGAACUGUUUGGAAAUCGUAA